UGCUGGAGGGCCACCAUUUUAAGGGAGGCAGGAAGGGGGGGCGAGGCAGGCAUUGAAAGGGAGGCGGCCUCUCUCUUUCCCUCAGGACUCCGCCGCCGAAGGAGAUGGAGGGCUUCUCGGGGCGCCGGGUGCUGGUGACCGGGGCGGGCAAAGGGAUCGGCCGGGCACUGGCGCUGGCGCUGAGCCGAAAGGGAGCCCGAGUGGUCGCCCUCAGCCGGACCCAGGCCCACCUCGAAGGCCUCAAGGAGGAGUGUCCUGGCAUACAGACGCUUUGUGUAGACCUUGGGGACUGGGAUGCCACCGAGGCAGCACUGAGUCAAGUGGAGGAUAUUGACUUGCUGGUGAAUAAUGCUGCUGUGGCCGUGCUGCAGCCAUUCCUCCAGGUAACCAAGGAGGCCUAUGACAGGUCUUUCGAUGUCAACCUUCGGGCUGUGCUGCAAGUUUCCCAGAUCAUUGCUCAGAAGAUGAUUGCCAGGGGAGCGCGUGGUGCCAUUGUGAAUGUAUCAAGCCAGGCCUCUCACCGGGCUCUGAAGGAUCAUACCGUUUACUGUGCAACCAAGAGUGCCUUGGACAUGCUGACAAAAUCUAUGGCUCUGGAACUGGGUCCCUAUGGGAUUCGGGUAAACAGUGUGAACCCCACUGUUGUCAUGACUGACAUGGGACGCCUCAACUGGACUGACCCUGAGAAAGCUAGACCAAUGAUUAGCCGCAUCCCAUUGGGAAGAUUUGCAGAUAUCACUCAUCAACUCUGGUCCAGGAGUAAGAGGACACCCUCUGCUUAUGUGUAGCAAAGCUGUUACUAACAAGAAGCAUCCCAGCAUAAUCAAUUUCCCCCACUGUUAAGGAAUAUUAUUAAUACUAGCAUAUACACACAAUGUUGCCCAGGAAUGUAAUUGUGAAUGCUAAUUAUUAGAAAUACUUAUUGUUGGCCUUAUGAUUUUUGAAUGGUCCAAAUGGAGAGGUAAAGAAAAAUAGCCACAACUUUGUUUUGUUGGCUAUUCAAUUUUAAUGUUUUUCAACAUACGAUUUCCUGAUGUGUAGGCAGACCACCAAGCAGAUCUCAUUUUUGUGAUUGGGUUGUGACACCAAAAGUUUUUUAGUUUUCAUAAUGAAGCGUAUGUGUACCAGGUUUGGUCGAGAUCCAUCAAGCCAUGUAAAAGCCUUUAAAAUACACGCAUACCUACCUACAUGUUUUCAUUGUUUUUUAUAUACAUUGCAGUUUUCAUGAAAAUGUUUGUUUUGACUAUUAACAUACAUAAGAAAUAUACAGUAUUUUCCCAUGGCUUCAAUAUUUCAGAUCAUUUUAAAAUUCCAGUGGUCAAGAAGCAUGGGGGUUGGCCUUGGAUUGCUCAAAGUACUACAUGCCAGGCUUUGAACCCAGGGCCAAGCAUGGGCUCAAUCGGACACCUCCUGCUCAAUCCCAUUUAGAAGCAGGGCUUCAACCAGGCAAGGGCUGCCUACUUUGCCCUCCUCCAUGUCCCACACUUCCAGAAUGAUGGAUGGCGCCUCCUGGCAGCUAGCCUCACCACACCCUUAGAGGCUGCCACUGACACACCUUUGUUAUUCCCUCGCCCCAAAAGACAGUAGCUGGGGCAAAGGGACUGCCUCUUUUCUCCAGUUCACUUCCACUUUUGCCUGGCCUUCUAAGCAGCCCUCCAAUAGAACAUGGCAAUGCUCUGGCCCUCUGAGAGGCUCCGGAAGGGUCUCCCUACUGAUGCUCUAGCCUUCGAAUACCAGGGGGCAGGCCCUUAAGGGACUCCUUAACUAUCUCUGCAGGCAACUCUUAACCCUCCCUCUGAGGUCGCAUUUCUGUCUAGAUACUGCCCUCUUGUGGUUGCACCUGAGCACUGCAGUGUGAAGCUCAUAGGCUGCUAAAAAUAAGGAAACAAACACAAGGAGUGGAUUUGUUGCUCAGAACUCACCCGAAUAUUCAUUUGGAUAAUGAAAGAUAAGCCAUGUAGGAGUCUUUGAAGUACAUAUUUAAUGAAUAUAAAUUGUUGUAUUAACCUGAAUUUAAUGCUCACCUUUUUUGGCAAAAUUACCUUGCCAAAAUUAGAGUACGCAUUACAUUAGUGUAAUAUGGUAAUCUUAGUGCUGUGCCAAAGCAAAAAGAGAAGCUACUUCAGGAGCACCUGGAACUCCUAUUUGAAGGAAGUAAUCUCUAAUUUAAUUGCCAGGGUUCAAUGCCGGGAUUUGCAGUUUGGUUGAGGUAUCAGCAUUCUUUGGCAGCCCCCAUAAUCCUAAAACGAUAGCCCCUGUGACCUCAAAGCAUUGAGCCAGGGCAGUUAAAGUAGAUCCAUUCUACAGCAUCGAUGCAUGUCAAGAUCUUUUCCAUUGCUGAAAGAUUUGGUGUUCCAACACUUUUGUUUGUAAAGAAGGAAUUAUAAGCAGGCAGCAACUGUAAUUGCCAAAUUACAAAACAUUACAUUCACCAGCAAAUGCUUUUUUUGUUUCAGGGUUUUGAAAUUUGUGUGCAUUAGAUUUGAUGGCGGAUUAGACUUGAGUAAAUACAGGUAUGAGAUAUGAGAGGCAUAUUACCUUGGCUCGGACAUUUUCAAAGGAAGCUGGGCUCACCAGUGAGAAGCAGAUCAGGAACACAUCCUGAGCAGAGGAGAGUAUUUGCAUGAAUUAAUCAGGUAGCAAACCCUCUUCAGCAGAUGCAGACUUUUAGUCCUCCUCCCCCAAACCGGGCAAUUGCACUUUGUGUCCCUGUUCUAUUCACUCUCUAACCCAGUAGUUUGGCUCUUCAUUGAGUUGUUACAGAACCUUUGGCUCUUCAUUGAGUUGUUAUAGACUUCAGCUCCCAGAAAUCCCAGCUAGCUUACUAAAUGUGAGGAACUGUGGGAAUUGAAGUCCAAAAUAUUUGGAGACCAAAGGCUGCAAGCCACUGCUCUAACCCAACCUCUAGGCCAAAAUAUAUGAUUUCCUGAAACAUAUAGGCUUUAUUUUAAUUUGGAUGAACAUUUUUGUCAUGAUUACUCAUAGUUCACUAUAAAAUGCACUGAAGAAGACAGUCUACAAAACCCCAAAGAUGCAUAGAUAGGAAUAGCUUCCAGUUACACUUGCACAUCACAGAAAAUAUUUCUUCCCAUUUUUUUCUGUUAAGAGAGAUGGUCUUAGCAUUAAAAUACAAUGGCAUUCCAUUAAUGAGAAGCUGCAUUGCACAAUUAAUGGCACUGAAGGCUCUUAGAAGUAUGUUUUCCAAGAUGUUAUGUUCAGCAAGUAGAAUGCAGAAUUUUGACUCCAAUUUUAUCUCCACUUGCACAGCAACGUGUAUACAGAUUGAAAGUCACAUUGCUACUUUGAGAACAUGAAAUGCAUUAUGUGUAACUUCUGCAAAGAGAUACUGUAACAUUUUAGAAACAAAAAGAAAAUAAAGCUGGUAGCAUAAGCUUUUGUA